AUGCCUGGUGUCUAUGUCGAGCAUUUCACCACAUGGUGCGGCGGCCACGGGGAUUACGACCGGAAGCAUGGUGGGCUACACGGCACUGGCUGUGUCUCGUUACUACGCAUUAUCGUACUGAGGGCAUCAAAUUGCCAAUGGCAACUUGAGGGUCGCCCCCUCCUCCACUCGAUGAGCAUUGGGCAUCAUUUGCCUACUUCUCCAAUUAUCACCCCGGCCCCAGGGCAGGAUAAACAACCGCGUGCAGAUCUCCCGGGAAGGGAAAGGCUGCGAGGUGUCAUUCCGUCGGGGCCGACGGCAACGGGCGUCUCAAUAACACGCGGCUUCUCUCUUCUGGCUGGUCGUACAGCUAACCUCUUUGGUUUCUCUGCUCAUAGUCUGUGUCACCUGGAGCGGGACCUGGUGCAACACUCCAUCUCUCAAAUGACGAUUCGACAUCGUGCUGCUGCCAUAACUCACACUAUUGUCAACGGUCUAUCCUUGGGGAACCGGGAUUCUGAUGUGGUCAAGGAAGAGGAAGAGGCAAAGAGGGGGCCAGACGACGAUAUCACCCUCAUCACUGCGUAUGAUCACUGA